CUUUGACAGGGAUUACAGGAACCACCGUCCCGACACGGAAGCCGGAAACCCCUCCAACAGGCUCCUUCCUCUUUGCACCAGCUGUUUUCUUGCUGUUGUGAAAACACUUCCUUAAGUAGCCUUGCCCACGAGAUGCAGAAAAAGCCUUGCUCACUGGCCCUAAUGUAGGCUCCAACAUCCACCAGAGAGAAUAGUGGCCAGUCUUGGGGACCACUGUGGGCAUGUGUCCCCUGGAGAUGCCCACCCCUCCCUACCUGACCCAGUCACCUCCCUGCUCCCGGCUGUUGGCACUGUUCCUUGUCCUCUCAGGAGCCUCUGAGCAGAGCAGUGGGAGUGAAUGGCAGGUGCUGCAGCCCGAGGGCCCCAUGCUGGUGGCAGAAGGUGAGACACUCCUCCUGAGGUGUAAGGUAGAUGGCUCCUGCAUUGGUGACAUGAUAAAAUGGGUCAAGGUGAGCAAUCAGGACCAGCAGGAAAUUUAUAACUUCAAACAUGGCUUCUUCCCCGGGGUGACACCAGCGAUCCAGCAGACAUUGGAGCCGCUAAACUGCGACUAUUCCAUCUAUAUCCACAAUGUCACCAGGGAGCAUGCUGGAACCUACCACUGUGUGAGCUUCAAUGGCUUGAGUGAGAACUCAGAGAAGAAUCUGGAUAAGGGCACCUCAGUGCUUGUGAAAAGAGCUGGGGACCCAGACCUCUGGAUCAUCCAGCCCCAGGAGCUGGUGUCAGCAGCCACCGGGGACACUGUACUCUUGGACUGCACAGUGCUUGGAGAUGGUCCUCCUGGACCCAUCAGGUGGUUUCGGGGGGCUGGUCUGAGCCAGAAGGCAAUUUACAACUUUGGAGGCGUCUCCUGCCCCAACGUGAUGGCAGUCCAGUCCUCCAGCAGCGACUUCAGCAUUCUCCUGCAAGGCGUCACCACUGAGCAUGUGGGCACCUACUACUGUGUAAAGUUUCAGAGGAAAUUCAACAGGCAGUACCUGUCUGGACAGGGCACCAGGCUGAGAAUGAAAGCAAAGCCCAGUUCUCCCCAAGAGGCAGAAUUCACCAGUGAACGUGUAACCAAGAUAUUUCCAUCAGGCCUCCUGUCUGUGCUCACACAUGUUGUCCUGGGGCUGAAGGCAGUGACCUUGGCUGUACUCCUGCUGGCUCUGGCUGCCUGCUGGAGGAGCUGUUGGCAAGAAGACAUCAAGACCUCAGGCCCAGCAGCGCUGUGCUCUCCCUAGCAAGGCGCAUGGGGCCUGGAUCAGGGGUCAGCCCUAGAGUGGAUCCUCUGAGUCAGAAAGGGGCAUGGGCUCUACAACCAUUUCCCUGCCUGCACUCCCAGCUUUCAGAUUUCCCCAGGCCUCACAACAGACUCUUAGAUCCCUGUGCCUUGUUUUUGGUUCACCUGGUAAAAUUCCACACUUGGCUCUGAGCUCCCCCUGAUGUGCUGUCCUCUCUCUUCACAGACUAGUCAAGUGUUCCGUGUCCUUUCCUGGGUAUCUCCUCAAGGCCCUUGCUCCUGCUGUGGCCCUUUCUGGAAGGCCAGCACUUUUCCUACCCACUCCACAUUUUCUUGUCCUUCAAGAUCCACCUCAGAAGGGUUCCCUAAAUGUGUCUGAGCUCCACCCCCAACACCAUCUGUACCCCUCCACUUACAUCCUCUGUCCUUCUUUCUUGCCUUCGUCCCUUCCACACUGUGGCUGGCUUGCUUGGCUGUAAUAGAAUGUGUUGACAACUUUAACAAAACUCUUAAAUAACAGUGGCUUAAACCAGAAGUUUUAUUUCUCUAAUAAUACCCCAGCAUAAGCAGGCCAGGCAAUAUGGGGACUCCCUGAUAUCGAGACCCAAAAUUCCUUAAUUUUUU